AUGUAUCCUGAAAAAUUAAACGGUUGUCCUCCUUACCAAAAAUGCUUGUACUUGUUUAAUUCUUCCAGACGUAUGUUUCCAACAUUAAAAAUCAAUAUUACUGGCCUUCAUCCACAAAGAAAAUACAUAAUGGCUGUGGAUGUAUUACCGAUUGAUAACAAAAGAUAUAGAUAUGCUUAUACAAGUUCCCAAUGGAUUGCAGCUGGAAACGUUACUUCGGAUGUUCCGAAACGUACUUACGUUCACCCAGAAUCACCCGCUACAGGAGAAACAUGGAUGAAACAAACAGUCGUUUUUGAUAAAAUGAAGCUGACAAACAACGAAGGAAACGAAAAAGGACAUAUCAUUUUACAUUCAAUGCACAAAUACCAACCUCGCAUACAUUUGAUUGAGUGUGAAGGAAAUGGAGUGCGUGAAUGUGAAACGGUAAUUCUCACGCAAAGCGUAGACACAUCGCAGGAAAACGUGAUCACGUUUGUAUUUGCCGAGACACAGUUUACCACUGUUACAGCUUACCAGAAUCAACAAAUAACGAAAUUAAAAAUUGAUAAAAAUCCUUUUGCAAAAGGUUUCAGAGAUACGAGCAGAAGCUGUAAGGCGCAGGAUACUGAUAAAGCAUCUGGCAUCACACAAUCGUGUUCGUUGUUUAGACAGCCGCCUCCUCCAGUUGUUACUAUCGGUCCAAAUCAUGAUUUUACGAACGGAACGCGGAAUUUUCAACUAGAAAAUGUGAAUCAAACUCAACCUAUGCAAGCACAAUAUCAAGCUAUGGCUCACUUUCGACCAACAUCUACAAUGGAGCAACUUCAGCAAAACGAAAUGUCAGGACUCGUGAAUUGGGCCCUAUAGUUACAUUAAUAUGAGAUGUCCAAAUUAACAUAAUAUAAUAAGGCGA